UCCUUCCUUUAAGUGAAUCUUAAGCUAUAAGGAAAUAGAUAGCCGGAAGCGUAAGAAAACAAAACCACAAAUGCAAAUAUGUCGCUCAAAAUUCGAAAACCACAAAUUUGAUCUACGAGUUCAAAACGUUCUCCUCUCUUGGCUCUCAUACUUUGUUUGACGGCGACAAGUUCUGUCUUUAUCAAUGAUAAACUCCUCCAAACCAGUGGAGGCAUUAUUAUUAUGGAUGCACUUUCUAAUAAUCUUCUUCCUGUGGCCUUUUUGUGAUUUUUCUUACAUUUGUCUGCAAAGGUUCUAAUUGAAUAAUGGACGAUGUUUUCGCAGCUGUGCAGAGCUAGACCAAGAACACUUUGGGAUAAAUUCUCGGUCAGGCCCUCUGCUAAUAGCGAUCAUCGAAAUGUGGCGGAUGAACCUGAACAUGUGAACAACUCUGAGCCAAGCACAGAAGAUAUCCGUUGCCAAUUGGAACAUUGUACAUUUUGUGACUACAGAGUUUGUUGUGGGAUUGUUGCCCAUCCAUGUGAAGAACUCACACCAUGUAACUGGGAGUUAAAAGUGACAGAAAAUCCCGCUUAUGGUCUUUCAGUUAAAAACUGGCUAGAAAUCAACGGAGACGACGAUAACGAUGAACAAGAACUCCUAAACAAUUUGGUUGAAACAAUAAAUUCGAAAAAAGUAGAUGAAAAUUUAAGUGAGGAAUACUCCGAAACGAAAGCAAAUUCUACUAGUCAAGAAGACUGUGAUGCAAAUACCGAUGAUAUGAACCAAUUUAAUAUCUCCCACCAAAAUGCAGAACUUAACCCUUUAGGGUCAGAUCCACCAAAGGAGAAAUCGGACAGUGAUAGCCAAAAAGUCCACGAUACAAAACAUAGUGGUGUUUCUUGGUCUGUUUUGAAGCACCGCCAAACUUCUUCCUCUGAUAAUAAUGAAAACUGUGAUAAAUUAAAGUUGCGUGCUAUUGAUCCGUUUUCAUCGUCCAAUUCUCAUUUAACAGAAGACGAAGCGAAUGACAAGUAUAGAAGGACUGAAAAAGCUUAUCCAAUUUCAGUAGUGAAGCCGAUAGCGAAGAUGGGUGAUAAAAGAGCAGAUCAUGCUUGCCACACUUUAAAAGCUGACCUGUCUCGGCAAAAACCGAUAGAUAGAAGUUUAAAAAACAGGUUUCAAACUCAGGCGCCUACAGAAGAUCAGUCUGAAAGGCUUAAAAAAGCUAUCGAUCCACUAUCUGAAAUAAGCCAGAUCAAAACCGAAGAAAGCAUUCAAGAAUGGUUAGCACGAAUUAAUGUUUCUGGAAAUAAUCCUUCCGCAGACGAGUCUAAAGAUAAACAGCUGCGAGGUUCAGCGUGGGACUUGAGAAACGAUGAAACAAAGGAACUUAAAUGCAAGCAAAUAAUUGACGAAGAGCCAAAUAAAGUUAGCAACCUUAAAUUAAGAUCUCAAAACGAUACGUCCAAUGAAGAAGAAAAUAUUAGUUUUGAAGCAUUCUAUACAGGAAUGUUAGAGGAGGACAUUGUAACGGAUACAACUACAUUGCUCUGUAAUGCAUCAAAAGUUGCACCAGCCAACAUACCUAUGGUAGUAAUGCAAUGUUCACGAUUGCAUUCCCACAUUGGAAGUAAACCACCAUUUCAACAAACGUCUUUGCCAAUGGGAACUUUAGUAACAGCACUUUACCAAGAGUCUGAGUGGUUGUAUGUGCAAACUCCCCAUGGGGUUGAAGGAUUUUUAAGUGCAGCAAAUUGUGCCCCUAUUGGUACAAUAAAUGAACCAGCCCCUAUGUCAAGGAGACCAUGGGAACCUUGUGAUUUUCCUAUAAGAAUCAGAAGGCAUAAAAAAGAAGAAUUUGUACGACAGCAGGCAGCAUAUAUUCAGACAAAACUACCAAUAAAUGGAAAUAAAGAAUCCAUUCCAUAUGUCAGUACUGUAAAGAUGAAAACAAAUUUUUACACUGAUAGAUAUUUCAGCAAUACUUUUAAAUCUAAAGAUUCAAUUAAGAUUGCCAAAACAGUAACAGAUAUUUUGCGCAGUUCUCCUGAAACAAAGAUUUCUCAUUAAUUGAGAAAGGAUUGUUAAUUUACACAAUUAAUUCUAAGUCAAUUUUGAAAUUUUUUGGUUUUGCUUAAACAUAUGUAUCAGAAGUCAUUGUUUAUAAAUGUUUCAGAAAUAAAUAUUUUUGUAACGAA